AUGUUCGAUCAUUUUGAGAGAAGUAUGUCUAGAAAAUCAGCUUAUAGAGUUAUCAAUAAGCCAGACUAUUUGAGCCAUUUUAAGUAUAAGAAAGACCCAGAAAUAGAGCACACAUUUAUUGCAAUAAAAAAUGGGGAGUAUGACCUUGACAAAGAAGAGGUAUAACUGACAAAGCUAAUGAAGGAUAUUAGAACCAAAACAAGUUAGCAAAUUAAUAGACAACUCAAGUAAAUUGGAGUCUUAAAUUACACUCCAGAGAAAAAAAGAAGAUUUUAAUCGCACUAUUCAGAUUAAGAUAUGAUAGGAGAAUACAAGUGGUUUGAUACUCAUCAUCAAGAAUCUCGAAACAUAAGAACAUUUGUGGUUUAAGAUUAAAAAUACUUGACACAUACAAAUCAUCUAUAGCAACCUUAACAUACUUCUUUUUCGACCGAUUUUAGAGAGAAAACUAAUUAGCCAUUGUCAACAAGAGCUAAAUCAAAAAUGAGUUUUAUGUCAACUUAAAGAAGAGAUAAUAGGCAUGAUGAAAGUAUUGAACAGGUUAUUAAAAGUCCUUUCUAGAAUUAAUUAAUAAGAGAUAUUUGGGAUAAGUCAAUUGCAGAGGAGUUGUCCACUAAUGCAACAACUCAUAAUGUAAAUCAAGGCAUAAGAUAUUUGAGAUAAGAAUAAGAAAAGCUGAGAGAAAACCUAGAGGUAAUCAAAUUAGUUCAAGAAGGCGAUAAUGGAAUAUCCUUAAUGGAGGCAUCAGAGUAAAACUAGUUCCUAAAGGAUUCAAAUUAGAGAAACUUCUUAGAUAAGCAGGUGAUUGAUUAAAUGAAGGAAGAAAAUUUUAAGAACAGUGUAUUCAUAAGAUAUCUAAAAGGGACAACUGGCGGAAACAAUAGAUUGAAUUUGGUAUGGAAGCCUAAUAAGUUUACAUUCACCAAAAUAGGUCCUAAGAUAGAUGAAACACUCUAUCAGCAAGAAAAAUGA